CAAACUCCGUUAAAUAUUUUGUCGCAACACGCUUUAUGAGUUACUACCAAACCUUAUCACUUUCAUCCACUUUGUGCGCCUCAACUCCCCAAUUGCCGGAUCUGACUCACACCUUCACUCUUCUCUUCCACUCUGCCCACAAUCCCCAUUCAAUAAUUGACGAUAGAGUGGUUGCGGAUGGCUCCUUUUGCAAUUGCAACAUUGCCCUCUUCUCGCAUCUACCACCUCCCAAAGGCCCCAAACUUGAAGCUACCCAUUCGCUGCUCUGGAGCUGCUGCUUCUCCUUCUGUGGCUUCCAUUCGAUCAAAAGCUGCUAACUUUGAUUUGAAGACGUAUUGGGGUUCACUGAUUGUGCAGAUCAAUGACAAGUUGGAUGAAGCUAUUCCGGUUCGGUUUCCUCCGCAGAUAUAUGAAGCUAUGAGGUAUUCAGUCCUUGCCAAAGGUGCCAAGCGAGCCCCACCUGUCAUGUGCAUCUCUGCUUGUGAACUCUUUGGGGGAAGCCGCCUUGCCGCCUUCCCCACUGCCUGUGCCCUUGAAAUGGUGCAUGCCGCUUCAUUGAUUCAUGAUGAUCUUCCCUGCAUGGAUGACUCCCCCUCACGCCGUGGCCACCCUUCAAACCACACCAUCUAUGGUGUUGACAUGGCAAUUCUUGCGGGUGAUGCCCUCUUUCCCCUUGGAUUUCGUCACAUUGUUUCACACACUCCAUCUGACCUUGUACCUGAGCCCUACCUCCUUCGCGUAAUUGCUGAGAUGGCCCGCUCUGUUGGCUCCACCGGAAUGGCAGCAGGGCAGUUCCUGGACCUUGAAGGUGGGCCCCAUGCAGUUGGAUUUAUACAAGAUAAAAAGUUUGGUGAAAUGGGAGAGUGUUCUGCAGUAUGUGGAGGUUUGUUGGCUGGAGCUGAAGAGGAUGAGAUAGAGAGACUGAGGAGGUAUGGGAGAGCUGUUGGAGUAUUGUAUGCACUUGUGGAUGAUAUUAUUGAAGAGAGAUUUGAUGUUGAUGGGGGUGACAGGAAAAGCAAGGGAAAGAGUUAUGCAGAGAUUUAUGGAGUAGAGAAAGCAAUAGAAAAAGCUGAAGAGCUCAGAGCAAAAGCCAAGGAAGAAUUGGAUGGAUUUGAGAAGUAUGGGGAACGAGUCUUACCUCUCUACAGUUUUGUGGAUUAUGCAUUUGAUAGAAGUUUCAGUGUUGAUGAUGCCAGUGGAUAAUGGGUUCUUGAUACGUAUCUAUCUAUACCUAAACUUCUCGAGAAUCGAUCAUUUUAUUGCAUAGAGAACUUACACAGGUUAGAACACGAAACUGCAGGUGUAUACAAUCAACCUCAGCAUUUAGACUUCCCCCUUUUUGGGUUGGAUAUCUUUGAUCAUUCACAGGGACGAGGAAGUCCCGAGAAUGUGGAAAAAAGAAAGCCAUAUAUUAAAUAUGUAUCAUCCUGUAGCAUUUGUGAUACCAAGUUAGCAUUCCAAGAUCCUAGAUCACUAAUGUGAUGAUAUUAUUUUUUUCCUAUUAGACUCUUGUUAAAUAUGUUUUGAUAGAUACUAAGUACCUGGUUGAUUAUCGAA